GUGAUUGUGAUUUUUAACAGACCGAUUUAAAAAUAUUUAAAAUAAAAAACUAAACGUCACUUGGUGAAAAAAUAUACCGAAUUUGUGAUUCGGAACGCCGCACCACUCCUUUGCUUUUAUUUUGAUGUGGUCGUCUCAGUUUUUAAAAUAAAAUUAGUUUAAUUAGACCGUUUAAUUAGGCAGUUGUUGUGUAAAUAAUAAGUGAUAAUGUGCUUCUACUACGUACCAGUGACUAUAUUGUGAUGUUCAGCUGUUAUACCAAAGAACCUGCAUUGUUUACACGAUAAAAUGCACACCUAAGCCAUGUCAGGCAGCAAUUCCAAGAGGGCGGCGCGCGCGCGUCACUCGGGCUGGGAGGAGGCCGGGGGCGAGUUCUACCAGGAGCUGUACCCGGGCGGGGAGCAGGAGCUCUUCGAGAACCUGCAGCGCGCCGACGCGGCCAAGCUGGCCACGCUGCUGCCCUCAAAACAAGCCCGGAACACGACCACAGUGAAGCGAGCGCGGUCACAGAAUGAGCGGCGCCAGUCUACUUACGCACGCACCACGCAAAGCCGGGAUAUUCACCUGUCUAUGCUACCGGACCUAUCAGAAAACCUGUCAAAUGAAGAACGCACGUGGGAAGAAAUCAUGCAGAUCAAAGCCAUGCCGGUGCCCAUGAUACAGAAGCGAGAACUCAAGGCGAGGCUACAGAACGCAACAAAACUCCGUUUGCAAGGCUUAGAACAACUGCAUUGGAAGCAACGUAAGGUGUGGCAUCGGUUUCGUAUCAGAUGUGGCGAAUUGCUAGGGAAAUUGGAGCUAUGGCAGUCCCCCAUGAGAGAAAUAGAGGGUUCCUUUGGAACCGGCGUGGUUUCCUACUUUCUUUUCCUCAGAUGGUUAUUAUUUCUAAACCUAGCGAUAUCAGUGUUCGUCAUUUUAUUUCUAAUAGUCCCAAACACAGUUUUAGUGGAAGAUAAACACGAUUGCAACGACUUCGAAUGGAAUUCCACCGUUUGCUGCUCUCAGACUUACUUCGAAAGGAAUCUGACGGAUUCAAAUGUCUUUUUAGACAUCAUUCAAGGCACUGGUAUUAUGGAGCGAACGAUUUUAUUCUAUGGGGUGUACAGCAACCAAAUAUACUCGUAUUUCAUCAAAAGCUUCUUCGAAACUAAGAUGUUUUAUAACAUGCCGCUAGCGUAUAUACUCGUCCCGAUUUCGUGGGCGUUGCUAUCCUUGAUAGCUAUAGUCAAAACUGGGGCGAAAGGCUUCAAAGAAAAAUUGGUGGAAAGUGAAGGACAGUUCUAUAUGUACUGCAAUCUUGUAUUCGGAGGCUGGGACUUCUGUAUCCAAAAUGAUAAAUCAGCAAAAAUCAAACACAAAGCUUUGUUCAACGAAGUCAAAGGAUGCUUAGAAGAAGAAAGGUUCAAAGAAGAAAAGCAGUUACGGACUAGAGAGAGCCAAAUACUGCUGCAUUUAAGAAGAUUGCUGGUCAAUAUAAUAGUUUUGAUCAUUUUGAUAGGUUCAGGGAUCCUUAUUUACGUGGUGUUCAAUUAUUCUGUAGACAGACUUAAUGUUGAAAACGAAUUCGACCCAUACGAAACGACAAACGAACUAGAUGACUAUGACACUUUGAACAGAACGUCCGAAAGACUGACUCUGAGCCAAUUCAGUCGCGAUAGGUCAGUUUCCUCAAGUUUAACUAGAGACAGCACGUUUUUUGAGCAAUUAGAAACAACGCUGCUAGAAUUCCUGCCCUUCAUAUCCAUUGUAGUCUUAAACAUAAUUGUGCCAGAAAUCUUCAGCUACUUAAUAAGCUUCGAGAACUAUGCCCCAGCUAACAUAAUCAUAGUGACGAUUCUAAGAACGGUUUUGCUUAGGCUUUCGUCUCUAGCAGUUCUAUUGAGUCAAAUAUACAUAUACAUUUACUCCAGCGGCCAAAUAUGCUCGAAAGGCAAUGAAGAUGCCAACCCGUUAGAUUGUUGGGAAACAUACGUAGGACAGCAGCUAUACAAGCUCAUAUUAACAGAUUUCGCCCUACAAUUUGUUACCACGUUCCUUAUAAACCUACCCAGGGCUUUUAUAGCAAGGCACACGUCCAGUCGAUGCUUAAAAAUCAUAGGCGAACAAGACUUCUACUUGCCAAAGCAUGUUUUAGACAUCGUGUAUACGCAAACUAUAAUUUGGAUGGGAUCAUUCUUCUGUCCGUUUCUGCCCAUCAUAGGAACAGUUUAUUACUUCAUUGUUUUUUACGUCAAAAAGUUUACGUGUCUCACAAACUGCACGCCCUCUCCCGUUGUGUAUAAAGCGUCGAAAUCCAAGUCAUUAUUCAUGUCAGUUUUAUUACUAGGCUUCGUCAUAUCCAUAGCUCCUGUAGCUUAUUCAGUCGCAGAGUUGCUGCCUUCUAUAAACUGCGGGCCUUUUAGAGGCUAUAAUACAGUAUGGGACUACGUUAUAGAGACUUUUGAAAAGUUCCCGUACGUUUUGAGAGAGAUAGUCUUCCUUUUGGGCACUGCGGUCUUCGCUGUGCCGGCAUUCGCUGUGUUAUUAUUCUUUUUGUAUUAUUACUGGGCAGUGGCGACAGCUAAUAGGCAUAUGGUGACUGUUUUGAAGAACCAGCUAGUGUUAGAAGGCCAUGACAAGCAAUUCCUGCUGAAUAGACUCAGUGCCUUCAUAAGGCAGCACCAGAAACGGUGUGAGAGAAGAAAUAGAGCUAGUUUCGCGGACGACGACACUGCAUCCAUUAGGCAGAGCUCGAGGUAAGUUAGUAUUUAAUAAUAUCAGAACUGAUUUAAUCGAAAUUAAAUUUAGCCGCUAGCAAAUUACGUACGUACGAUAUCCAUAAUUAUCCGCGCAAUGGUAUCAAUUACUAAACAGUACAUAAUAGUUACACGGUAAGGUAAAAUAGGGGUUUUUAUAUAAAAAAAUGUAAAACAAUAUUUGAACGUAAGAAAAAAUAUGUAAAUAUGUUCGUUUGAUAUGUCAAAGAAAAUAUUCGGUUGAAAAUGUAUGUAAUAAGUAAAUGUUUUUGUAAAAUUAAAUUAUUUGGAAGAAUUCGCUUUGCGAGCAUUCGUUACGCAAGCAUUGUUACUCGAGUACUUUGAAAAUCAAAACGUGGAGAUUGACCAUUUGGUGGUAAUGUGUGUACUGCGAUUGACUCGAAUGAUGUCCCUAAAUUUUAUAAGUCCCAAACUUACCAAUCCAGUGAGAUCAUAAAAUCUUAUAUCUAUAUAUAUAAAAGAAAGUCGUGUUAGUUACUCCACUUAUAACUCAAGAACGGCUGAACCGAUUUAGCUGAAAAUUGUCAGGGAGGUAGUUUAGAGCCAGGAGAAGGACAUAGGAUACUUUUUAUCCCGUUCGAAAUUAAAAAAAAAGUCUGCUUAUUUAUUGCCAUUAAGGCGGAACAAAGUUCGCCGGGUCAGCUAGUAUAUAUAUAAAAGAAAGUCGUGUUAGUUACUCCACUUAUAACUCAAGAACGGCUGAACCGAUUUAGCUGAAAAUUGUCAGGGAGGUAGUUUAGAGCCAGGAGAAGGACAUAGGAUACUUUUUAUCCCGUUCGAAAUAAAAAAAAAGUCUGCUUAUUUAUUUCCAUUAAGGCGGAACAAAGUUCGCCGGGUCAGCUAGUAAAUGAUAAAAUAAUGAUCAAUAACUAUGAGACAAAAAUGUUUUAACUCAACUGUGUUGUUAGAACUUUUUUAGUUACAGAUUUUAGAUUAGACGAAUAGCCUAGCCACAAAAGCGAAAAUCGCUUGUCCAAUGAAACUCUUCGGCUCGCGAGCGAAUGUGCUCGUGUAACAAACGCUCGCGUAACAAAUGCUCGCAAGCCUCUUCCAGGCAGCUUCGGUUGUUAUUUAAUGUAAUAUUCUUCUCAUUUUGUAUCCAUCCAUUGUAGUAAGGAAUAUAACGUAUGCUUCCAAUUAGUACAUCUUCCAUAAAUUAUAUUUGUAUUCGUUUUUGUUUUUUAUAUCACUGUAGUACAUUCCUUCAUGUAACUUAAUGUUAAUUUUAUUUUUGUUUAAAACUGUAUCCUUUUUGUUGUAGUUUUUUGAACGAGAAUUUGUGACCGUUACUACUAAAAAACUUUUGUCCUUUUCUGGAUAAAACAAUAUUUAUUUAAUCUUUUAGUAAAAUUAAUAAAUCCAUGACCCUGUUCCUGAUUUUUAGAAUACUCGAGCCAUAAUAUUUUGUUUUUAUCAUAACCAAUGACUUAGAAUUAAGUAGAAAAGGCAUUUGUGUAUUUUAGAAAAAAAUGUUUAUUUAUUUGCGGCUAUGCUUUUAGUAAUAUUGAAAUUUUAUGAAGAUUAAGCACAAAGGGUAGUUGGUACAACUAGUCAAUUGACAUAUUUAAUUUGAGCUGUCAAAACAUGACCGCCAUUUUUGUAUGGCAAGGGCAACAAAUGACGUCAUCAGUUUGCAAACCAACAUUAAUUGAUUUCAAAGCUGCUAAAAAUCUACAUCAUAUUAAAAACUAUCGGUUCCUAGGCUAAAAUAACGUUUUUAUAGAGUUUGUUGUGUUUUUUUAAAGUUGUAUUUUGGAAUUUUUUGUCAUCUACCCAAUGUUUUUUCUUAUUUUUAAAUCUUAGAAAAUAGUAAAAAGUAAUUUGUAAAACGUUCUUUGCCAACAAUAUAGUCCAAAUGCAUUACUCAUUAAGUAGUAGAUUUUUAUAAAAAGCUACCACACUAAGUUGAGAUUGUAAAUCUGUAAAUACAUAGGCAUUUUGUAGUAAAAUAGUGCAUUUAGUGAUCUCAAAAUAUGUGCAAUCAUUCAUUAGAAUUUCACCAAUUAUGCUAACUAAAAUGUUGUUAUAACGUUUUAAAAUAAACUUGCCACCCUGUAUUAAACUAGGGACGUUUUGAAUCUGAACUGCAUACAUAUUGGUAUAAAUUACCAUAUUUGUAUAAAAAAGUCAAAUAUUAUUUAAAAAAAUUACAUGUUGUUUACAGCAUUUUUGGGAAAUUCUAUGAAUAGAUUUAAAAAUAAAGAUAAGAAAUAUAUCUGUACAUUGGAUCGUUUUAUAUCAUAGUUGUAUUGUAUAGUCGGUAAAAUAUUUAUUUACUAUUAAUGUGCCGGAUAAUGCAUCUCAAAUCGUAUUGUUAUUUAAAAAUCGUUAUAAAUAAAUGUUUAUAAUUUAUAAGUGUUUGGUGACUUAUCUUUUUAUAAAUUAUUAAAUUAUCAUACUGUAUGAUAAUUAAUAUUGGCACUUUUCAAAAAUUCAUAUAGGUAUCUGAGAAAAUUUAUUUUUUUUGUGUUAUAUUGUCACAAAUAUUUUCCCUGUUGCGUAAACUAUUGAGUAUUUCUUUGAAAGUAUAAUAUUUUAUUUCAUAAAUAUUAUAACAUCACAUUUAUAUA